AACGGCCCCGGAUACCCGGAGCGCUACAGCGGACGGACCGUAGAGGUUGUCUGAAGGCCGAGGCCGAGAUGGCGGCGCUGGCGGGCCAACUGGCCAGUCUACUGAGUCCUCACCAGCGGCCUCUUCCUAAGAAUGUCUGAUUCCAGAGACUAGAAUUCCCUCACCUCAGAGGUGAAGGGCAUUUACUGUGCCGUGAGCUUAUCCAGAGCCCGAAAUUUUCAGGUGGGGAAGCUGAGCUCAGAGAGGUCCAGCUCCGCACAAGAGUCUGGGGCUGCGCAGCUUCCGGCCUGCUGCGCCCGAUCCUUGCUCUGCGCUCCAGCAUGGGCGCAGCUGUGCAGGUGCGCUUUGUCCAUCCGAGUGCGGCCACGGACAGCCCAAGCAGUAGCCAGCCUGCUGUGUCCCAGGCCGGAGCUGUGGUCUCCAAACCCACCACACUUCCCAGCAGCCGGGGCGAGUAUGUGGUGGCCAAGCUGGAUGACCUCGUCAACUGGGCCCGCCGGAGCUCCCUGUGGCCCAUGACCUUCGGCCUGGCCUGCUGUGCCGUGGAGAUGAUGCACAUGGCAGCGCCACGCUACGACAUGGACCGCUUUGGCGUGGUUUUCCGUGCCAGCCCACGUCAGUCUGAUGUGAUGAUCGUGGCCGGGACGCUCACCAACAAGAUGGCCCCUGCACUCCGCAAGGUGGGCCUAGCCCUGUUCCCCCAGCUCCCCACCCCCCAACACCCACCCACCCCAGGCUCCAGCCGCACACAGACCCCCGUCUCUUCCAGGUCUAUGACCAGAUGCCAGAGCCUCGUUAUGUUGUGUCCAUGGGGAGCUGUGCCAACGGAGGCGGCUACUACCACUACUCCUACUCUGUCGUGCGGGGCUGCGACCGAAUCGUGCCCGUGGAUAUCUACGUCCCAGGCUGCCCGCCCACAGCCGAGGCCCUGCUCUACGGCAUCCUGCAGCUGCAGAGGAAGAUCAAGCGGGAGAAGAGACUGCGGAUCUGGUACCGCAGGUAGUGCUGGCCAUCUGGCUGCCUUGCGGUGUCUGUGUGGGCGUCAUCACGAGAGGCGGUCAAUAAACCUGAUAAACCCACGGCCAGCGCUUGCCAGCAUGGUAUGGGGGCCAGGGUGGGGGUCUGGGAGGUAGGUAGGUGAGUGCUGC